AAAUAUUCAAUGAAUAAAAAAUGGCAGAAAAGUUAGAAGACCUUAAUCUCCCUCUUACAGUCGUCACUAGAAUCGUUAAAGAAGCUUUACCGGAAGGAGUUUCAAUAUCCAAAGAGGCCCGAACAGGACUCGCUAAAGCGGCCUCAGUUUUUGUGUUAUACGUUACCUCUGCUGCUACGAAUAUCGUAAAAAACAAUAAACGCAAAGCAUUAACCGGUCAAGAUGUUCUAGAAGCAAUGUCGGAUAUAGAAUUCGAUAGAUUUGUGGAACCUUUAAGAAAUGCUUUAGAUCAAUAUAAACAAAGUGUGUCUGCGAAGAAAUUAGCGUCCGGUAAAAAGAAAGAUGAAAUAGAAGAUGUCGAAAUGGUUGAAGAUGAGUAAUGUGAUACAUUUAGGUUAUAUAUUAAGACUUUUGGUGUGAAUGCGUUGUUUUAAGGUUGUAAUUGUAUAAUAAAAAUUAACGAAUUUUUUUUU